AUGCCAGAAGGUUGUGCUCUGCCGAGCAUUAUUGAUGAAUGGUCGGAGGGCACAACAAAAGAUGCGUUCGUUCUGUUCCGAGGGCCGAGCGGUCAGCGCAAGAGACCAAAGACCAUUUCUCUCCUAUAGUUUAACUUUGGAUGCAACGUGAUAUCUUCGAAUCUCACGAUCAUAGCUAUUUUUGUCAUUGUGAAGAGAGAUUUUUUUGACAUAAACAGAGAGACGAUAAAACAGUGUAUUUCAGUGAACCCAUGUUUGAUUUAGAAUACUUUUUUUCUUUUUGAGGAGUAAUGUGAGAAAGAAAAACUUUCAAAAUUAAAAGUAGGCGUCGUUUUUUAAUUAUUUAUCAUCUUUCAUGAAGCUGAUAGGAAAUUUCAGGUUUCUUUAACUGCGCAAGAUGAAAGGACGUGCAAAAGCAACUCCGGCGAGCUUUCACAAGAAGGAAGGUACUAAUUUACCUUUUUUUUUCCCAAUUUUUCGGUGUUUAGGAAGUUUUUGUUUUAUGAAAAAUACUGCAAACAGCUUCAUAUCAAAACUAUGAUCAUAUUCCGUUAAUCUAUGCUUGGUGAAUCUUCUACUACUUCUUCUAUUCACAGUGAUCACACAAGUUCUCAAAAACCAUCUUUUCUCUUCUCACCAUUUCAAAGUUAUUUACAAUGUGUGAUCUUUCUCGACAUUUCUAAAUGAGAAAUCAGCCCUCGCCUCUGCUGUUUGUGUGUUCUACGGCGAUGUUCACAGCCCUUGUGUUGCAUUACGGUAGAUAGAUAAAGAUUGAAUAGAGGAGGACACGAGGUUGUCAACGAAAUACGUGAGGCGUCGUUGUCGCGGGGGACUCCCCUCGCUCUACCGACCGCCUCUUCGUUGGCUAUCGGCGCCGAGUCUUCUGGCCACGGCUCUCACACACUGUCUUCUCACGUGUUCCCCAGGGAUUCCCUCAUUUUUCGUUCUGUUUGCAUCAAAAAUCAAAUGAGAGUUCAUUUUUUGAAGUAAUUAUUCCUUUUUCUGACCUUAGACGAUAAGUGUCCAAAAAAAUUGGUUCAUUGUAUUUGUCAAUAUAGUAACCCACUAACAAUCAAUUUCUUGAGUUAACUGGAGCCUCAACGAUGAAGAGAAAUUCAGUUGUGAUAAUAGAAGAUUAUGGUACCUGUUGUGAAAAUCUUUACUUUUUCCUAAAUUAUCCGCACAUCUUUGAAAAAUUCUCAGAUUUUUUUCAAAAAAAUAAAAAUCAAAAAAAUAAAUGAGGUUUUUCUGAAGGUUUUUUUAAUUAUAUAGUCAAAAAAAUAGAUACCUUAUUCAAAAAUUCAAGGUACUCUUAAAUUCAAUUUUGAAUUUCAAACGUCUUCCAUGUAACACCUAGGAUACUUAUGAGGAUCGUUCUCACGCUGGCUCUUUUGUGUUUCCGUCGGCGCACAGCGUGGCGCCGUUGACCCUUUCCAAAUAGAGCUCAACGUCUAAUCCGUUUUGUAUCACGUUUGUCAUGAUUCACGGCACAAUAUUAAUAAAUACUUUGAUGCAAAAGUCAGCUUAAACUUGCCAGAAUCUUCGAGAAACCGUCCAUUUUAUUAUAUAGAAAACGAAAUGUAGUUGUUGUUUGGUAUGUGAGGCGUUUAUCUUAUCACUGUUUUUCAUAAUUGGUUAAGUCUGUCAGAUUAGUGACUCUGCCUCAAGCAUUUUUUUCUUACUAAAGUUAAGUAAAAAAUGUUUAAGUGUUUAUUUCGGAUUUUUUUUUCUUCAUGCAAGCUUCAUUGUAGAGUUUAGCACAAGAACGGAAAAAUUAAGGAAGCUCAGAUCUCACUUUUUUUUAAUUCUCGUUACGAGUAUGCAUGAAGAGUAAAACUCGGAUUUUCUUUAGUCCAGUCAAAGCGAAUGUUGGUCUAUGAUUUCCUGACGUCAUUCGAAUUAUUCCUCCAUAUCUCGGUUUAUCCAUCGCGUCUUCUCGCCACCUCUUUCUCACCAUACAAUCGGCCUCAGACAAAAUUGAACCCAAUUUUGAUUUAGAAUGACGAGGAACGGUUUCGAAAAACAAUGUUUGAAAGGACAUGAGAACGAACUUGACGUGUUUUUAGACUGUAUAUGAGGAUUAUAAUUGUUUUUGAAAACCCUACGUUAAGAACUACGUGUUAACAUUAAAAUGUUCCCAUAUUUUUUGAAAAACGUGCUUUGGGCGAAGAUUUUUGUGUUAUUUGAACAGUGAGAGAUGUUUAAAAAUGAUAGAGGAAAUGGUGGCCGGCCGUCCUUUUGCCUUAUCGGAAAGAUCGUUGGUCGUCGUAGAUCAAGUCGCCGUCCGGCAUUGUCAGAGCCAAACAACUCCGUGCUGAGCGCAGCAUCCUCAGUCUGAUUAAAGUUUUCACUCUCUUUCAAUUUUGUAUUGUUUGUUCAUCUUGAUAACUUUGAUUUGAAAGAAACUUCCUCGUUCGGAGCUUUAAACUAUAAAGUUAGGCCAAAAUAUCCUUUCCAACUUUUCCAAAAACGCUAAAGAGUUCAAUUCUGAUCUCAUUUAGGCUGAGAUUUUCAAGUUCCUUUAAAAAAAGUUUCAUGCAUGAUACAUUGUUUUAUAAGGCUUUUAACCUCUGUUCAUAAAGUAUUUGCAAAAAGAAAAGGACUUUACAAAUUUUAUGACGUCCCAUCAAAUAUAUAGAAAGUUAUAACAAUCUAAAGUUGAUGAACUGUUGAUUUUCAAACGUCAAACCACAAUUUUUUAAUUGGGUGACAAGUUCGGCUCAGUGGGCGUGGUCAAGUAUCUUUUUCACACGAUUUUUCGCACAUUUUGGGUGGGACUUUCUCGCAACCAUACUGUGGCUCCGCCCUCAAAUUCUCAUUUUGAGCCAAAGUUUUCCUACUAGACAGCCUUUGCUCUUCUUUCUCUUUUCAUUUGUUCUUGAUUUUCUUUUUUUAUUACUGCUUCAUGAAAGUUUUGAUGUCACUUGUAUUUCCUAUAAAUCUAAGAGCUCAAUCAUCCGCUGAGCGAGCAUCUCUCUCAACGUUCUAUUUGGUAUCGCUUUUAUUGAAUAUUUUAUGGCUUUAGUAUACUCGAUUUCAUUCCUAGUUUUAUUCUUAUUACCAGAAAACUAGUAUAUCUUUAAGUUUUUUUUUCAGAAAAACGGUUAGAUUAAUGUUUUGCCAAAAUAAAUUUCACAGUAAGAAGCGAAAUUUUUCUGUCAAUAUUGCGAUGAAUCAACUAUACACUGUUUUAAUCUUCCACGAAACUUGCAGUGAAGUCUUAACAUCGAACGAUUACUGUCACUUCUGAUAUCAUUCUCGACUUUUCCUCAAAACCGCGCUUGCGGCUUAUUUCGCCGCCCUCGCUUUUUUUCGUCGGUUGCGAUAACUGAUCGUUAUCAUUAGCGUCAAUCUUGGUCCUUCGAGUGUCCAUUUCGUUGCAGUUUGGGUCCCAACUGCUAUCAAAUGCAAAACUGCGGCAAGACGAUUUACGCGAACGAGAAGGUCCGCGAGGCGGUGCGCGACCACGAGCACACGAUCGCUCCAUCAGUCGCCGUCGCCGUCGCCAAACAUCGCGCCAAAGUCGUCGUCCUCGGCGAUUCUGGUUAGUUUUGAUCAUUUUAUUACUUCAAAAGAGAAUCUUUUCAAGUUCAACUGAUUGCCAAAUAUCCAUUUUCUUUUUUUAUGUGCUACAAAUUUGGAUUAGUUUAAAAUUUUUUGACUUUGCUUUCAUUCUUUCUCAGAUUUCGAAACUAUUGCUUUUUUGAAUAAUUUUGCAGUGAUUAAAGAAAAAUAUUUUUAGAGUUAUUCUCAUGAUUUCCAACUCUUCUUUUUUGAAAAGAAAUAAUCAACCUUUUUUUACAUUUUCUGCAAAAUUUCUUGUUGAUAAGUUUCUUGAAAACCUCAAAGUCAUCGUUUUCUUUUGGUCAAGAAUCAGGCAGAAAAGUGUGUCAUCGCGUAUCUGCAAAAAGUGACCUUUUUUGCUGCCCCAAGCACAUUUUCCUUCAAAAAUGGCGGCACGCUUUUGCAGGUGUUGGCAAGACGUCGAUCAUUUAUCGCCAGAAGUACGGCACCAACUUCGCACCAGUUAACGCCACGAUUGGCGCUUCCUUCGUCUCCUUCGAUAUGUCAGUUUUUGAAGAGUUCCGAGGGAUGAUACGAUAAUUGGCUCAUAGUCAUGCCGCCGCUUGCUUAGGGCACGGCAAAUAGAAAUCUUAAUUCGAACAGGGUGUAGUCGUUUUUGGCUUUGAACUAGAAUGUCUUGACGGGUCACAUCUGAAAAGUAGUUGACGUCAUCCGACUAGACUAUCAGCUCACUUUCACACUUUCCGAUACUCACUUUUUUGUGCAUCACGCCGAUUUUUCUUGACUAGAAAAAUGCUUCUAAUGAAAAAUAAAUCUUUUUUUAUUUGGAAGAAGAAAAAAAUAUUUCAUAAAAAUCGAAAUUCAAGAAACAGUUUUUAGGGAACACGAGAAAGAAAGGCUACAGUUGCAAGUUUGGGACACAGCCGGACAGGAACGCUUCAGAUGCAUGGUUAGUUGGAAUUUUCUUCUCUCAUUAGUUAUUCAAGAAGGCCAAAAAGUUUUAUUUUCAAAAAAUAUUUCAACGAAAAAUUCAUUUACAGGUGCCGAUGUACAUGCGGAACGCUGCUGCGGCUUUGAUCAUUUAUGACGUCACUUGCAGAAAUUCCUUCGAAGGCGUCGGAAGAUGGGUCAAAGGUGAUUUAUUUCUUCUUUCAAAUCUCAAGCAAAACAGAAUUCUGGAGACUUACGCGUUUUUAUUUCAGAGCUGGAACGGUGUUGUGGAACGGACGAGGCGAGAAUCGUCCUUAUUGGAAAUAAGGUAAGACAGGAUUUUUUAGUUAAAUGGAAAAUUUGUCCUUUGGCCCAAGAUAAACUUCAAAAGAAGUCAGCUCAGCAGUAGUUUUGUCAUCUCAAAAGUUUUGAAUGAAAGUUUACAAUUACAGUUAAAAAAAUGACCACUCAAAAAUUUCUAUGAAAGUUUCAAAUACAAAAGCAUUUUUUCAAAGGUUUGUGUCCCCAAAUUUUUGAUUUCUUAACUUCUCGUUCAAACAUCAAAGUUUACUUUACUGCGGUAUCGAGAAGUCAACUUUUUCUACUUGCGAACUUUUUGGACCUUUUCUAUCUCUUUGAAUUUUUCUCUCUUUUUAUCAAUUUUUUUUAGACGGACCUCGUCGAGAAACGGGUUGUUUCCGAAGCCGAAGGACUCGCCAAGGCCGCUCGUUUCAACGCCAAGUUCUUCGAGGUCUCCAGCGAGAUUCCCGACAGUUCGUUUCAUUUUGGAAGGAAAAUUGUGAACCAUCUGUUUGUGCAGACAGAUAGAGUUAAAUUGGAAGCGGAAAACAAAACUGCUUCGAAAUUAGUUUGUUGACAAUCGUUGCCUUCUGUUUUUGAAUUCAUGCGCUCUCUAAAAAUUUUUUGUAGAUAAAGACGUAAAAGUUUGAGAACGCGAUUAGAUAUUAAGAUGAAAGAUUGUUUUUUUGCUUAUAAAAAGAGUGGAAAAACUGUAAAGAAAAAUUUCGCAUAGCUGGCCUAUUUCGGCUACUUUUUGUGACAAAAAUAUACGAUUAAAAAUUUCCUGUUUUCAAAAUUUAACAUUUUUAAUAUACUUUCAAAGAGCAAAAAGAAGCAGUUCAACACAAACCCCAUUGUUCAAAAGUACAAUCUCUUUGAAUUCCAGUGUUCACACAAGUACUGCGCGACGUGGCGGCAGACAUUCUGCAUCGGAACGUGACGGUGAAGACAGACGCCAACGGCGAGGAGAUCGACGACGUCGACGACCUCAAGAAGGCCAAGCGCAAGAUCAUUCUCACGGACGGCGAAUCUAUCGGCGAGAUGCAGGUCAUCCGCAACAAGUGCUGCUCUUUCCUCUAG